CGCUGCAGAAAACCAGAGAAACGCUGGCUUUCCAAUCACUUCUCCCUCCAUCUCCCCACUUCUCGGCCUCCGCGGUUCCCUUCUCCGUUUUCGUUUUCUAACCUUCUCCAUCUAUCUUCUUCGCCCCAGUUAUUCCGAUCUUCCUCCGCCUUCUCCUUUCAUUUCCGAACACGACAAGUAGAAGGCAAGGAAGAGGCGAAGCAACGAUCUAGGAAAACCCGGCCACUGUCGCCGGCGUUAGCGGCGACGAUGGAGGCGAAGUUCUGCCCUCGAUCGAGGGAAAAAGGAGGAAAGCCGCCAGCAACUCUUCUUCUCACCGACGACUGAGGAGCAGCCUGGCGGCGGUGAGUUACGG